CCGCACACUAUUUAUAUUUCGGAAAGGCAAAAUAUAGUUCAUAAGUAUGCAGACAUGGAAACUUUCCAUGGGAAUUAACGGGAAUAUAUGAGAAUUAAUGGGAAUAAACUGGGAAUUUAAAAAAAUACAAAGUUGCCUAUAACAGGAAAUACAUUUUCCUAAAUUUCCAAAUAAUUCCCAUAAAAUUCCCAUGAAGUUUUCUGGUGAUCCUGUCUGAUUUCUUUACUAAGGUGAGCACAAAACAUUUACUUAUGUGUAUGUCUCUGACACACACUCCGCACACUAUUUAUAUUUCGGAAAGGCAUAAUAUAGUUCAUAAGUAUGCAGAGACAUGGAAACUUGCCAUGGGAAUUAAUGGGAAUAUAUGAGAAUUAAUGGGAAUAAACUAGGAAUUUAAAAAAAUACACAGUUGCCUAUAACAGGAAAUAUAUUUUCGUAAAUUUCCAAAUAAUUCUCAUAAAAUUCCAAUGAAGUUUUCUGGUGAUCCGGUCUGUUUUCUUUACUAAGGUGAGCACAAAACAUUUACUUGUGUUGGAUGUCUCUGUACAAUUUUCAUUGUGACACACACUCCGCACACUAUUUAUAUUUCGGAAAGGCAUAAUAUAGUUCAUAAGUAUGCAGAGACAUGGUAACUUUCCAUGGGAAUUAAUGGGAAUAUAUGAGAAUUAAUGGGAAUAAACUGGGAAUUAAAAAAAAUACACAGUUGCCUAUAACAGGAAAUAUAUUUUCGUAAAUUUCCAAAAAAUUCUCAUAAAAUUCCCAUUAAGUUUCCUGGUCAUCCUGUCUGUGUUCUUUACUGAGGUGAGGACAAAACAUUUACUUAUGUGUAUGUCUCUGACACACACUCCGCACACUAUGUAUUUUUCGGAAAGGCUUGAUAUAGUCCAUAAGUAUGCAGACAUGGAAACUUUCCAUGGGAAUUAACGGGAAUAUAUGAGAAUUAACAAGAAUUAAUGGGAAUAAACUGGGAAUUUAAAAAAUACACAGUUGCCUAUAACAGGAAAUACAUUUUCCUAAAUUUCCAAAAAAUUCCCAUAAAAUUCCCAUUAAGUUUUCUGGUCAUCCUGUCUGUGUUCUUUAGGUGAGCACAAAACAUUUACUUGUGUUGGAUGUCUCUGUACAUUUUUCAUUGUGACACACACUCCGCACACUAUUUAUAUUUCGGAAAGGCAUAAUAUAGUUCAUAAGUAUGCUGACAUGGAAACUUUCCAUGGGAAUUAACGGGAAUAUAUGAGAAUUAACGGGAAUAUAUGAGAAUUAACAAGAAUUAAUGGGAAUAAACUGGGAAUUUAAAAAAUACACAGUUGCUUAUAACAGGAAAUACAUUUUCCUAAAUUUCCAAGUACUUCCCAUAAAAUUCCCAUUAAGUUUCCUGGUCAUCCUGUCUGUGUUCUUUACUGAGACUGUCUUUAGGAUUGUGGUGCUCGGGAUAUGGGAUUAUAUAGAGAACAAAGUUGAGGUAUUUGAUGGUGCUGUAAUUGUACUCUCUCUGGCCCCAAUGGUGGCCUCAACCGUGGCAAACGGCCCCAGCAGCCCCUGGGACGCCAUCAGCCUCAUCAUCACCCUUCGCAUCUGGAGAGUCAAGAGAAUCAUUGAUGCGUAUGUUCUGCAGGUGAAGGUGGAGAUGGAUUUGGAGAUCCAACAGUAUGAGAAAACUAAAGCUGUGAGGGAGGAACAGCUGGAGAGACUCACACAGAUUUGUCAGGAACAGGCCUUUGAGAUCAGACAGUUGAGGGCUCACCUUGCACAGCAGGAUUUGGAUCUGGCCGCUGAACGGGAGGCCGCCAUGCAGAUGCACCAUGUGUGGGGAAAGCAAAGCAGCACUUUUCAGGAAAUAGAUGGCCUGGGACCCGCUGGAUCUGACACUGAGUGCAGGGCGAAUGCCAGAGAACCCAGACCACCUCCAGAGAGUGUCGUUCAGGAUGAUAUGAACAAUUACAUCAGCCAGUAUUACAGUGAGCCAAGUAGCGACAUCGGAGUACCCGACCCCGGUGCACGCGUCAUUACGACAGCAGCCAUCGACGUCCACCUUCCCACCAACCCCAACCAGCUGCCGCCUUCCCUCGUCAGUGCGGACGGCCCGGGCAGCGGCCAAGAACGCACAGUUAGCGAAGCGUCCAGCACGACCAUGUCCCGGUCCAGCUGCAGCUUCACGGCCCGGCAGCACAGCGUCAGCAGCCACACCUUGGGCUCCACCACUGACUGCAGCUCUACCGUACGAGAGGCCUCAACCUCCGACUACAGCGCCCAACACUGCUGCCCUCCUCCAUACUGCAGCCCGUUGGCCCUGGGGAUGCAACCCGGAGUUCACGACCCCAGCGCAGUGGUCAAAGAGCUGCUGUCCUCCUUGUCCGAGGACUCCUGCCUGGCACAGAAAGGCAGGGUAGACCCGGUCAACCUCAAGUUGCCCAGUCCGGCGGGGUCAGUGAAGGCCAGCCCAGAACUGGAGCAUAGGAUGAACCUAUACAACAAGAGGAACCAGGAACGUCUGGGCGUAUUCCAGACCAAGCCACUCAUUCACCUGCAGGGGACCGAGCCAUCGCUGGAGGAGAAGUACAGGCUAAUGGAGGGCACCGAUACGUCACUGAGCCAUAUACCAGACACAUAGAGCAUGAGUGUGGGACAGUGACCGCCAACACCAGCUGAAGCAGGAUCUCUUUCUCUCUAUCAAUUGCUUUUUCAUUGGCCGUGUCCAAAACCUGACAAGUAGUGUCACCUUGGGCAGUUUCCAAAAGUAGACAGGCAUCAAGUCACAUCCAUUGGGUGAAUAAAUAUCCAGACAGCAGACGACUCCGGACCAGAUUUGCGCCAAAGUCGGCAGCUCCGGUGAUUACCGCUUCAACUAACAAAAUGAGUUGUUUUGACACAUGGUUGGACUGACCAGGAUUUGGACAAACACAACAGCAAACAACUCCGCACGAGAUCUGCACCGUAGCCGCUGACUUCGGCGCAGAUUUGGCCCAGAGUUGUUUUGCCGUCUGGGGAGGUACCUUCAUCAAUGCUGUCUGUUAAGUAACAGCAGCAUUUUGGUUUUGGACACAGCCAAUCUGUCUCUCUCUCUCGUCUCAGAAGGCACUACUAACACACACUCUCCAGGUUUCAUGCUGUCAGAAAGGGGCACAGGAAGUGACAUACAGGGUAGCACCCUCUGCUACCUGCCCCAUGCAUUGUUUCUCCUUACAAGUGCACAUUUCUCUCCAAAUCUGCAAGAGCACUUGAACUGUCACUCCUGCCAAAAUUGCACAACCUUCCUAGGAGUCAGGGAGAGGUACUUCGGGAGCCAUCAUCGGAAGAUUCUUCAGGAAUUUCAGUGUGUGCGUGUUGGGCGUGUAUGAAACCAGCGUAGACACACUUAAUUUUUUGGGACCGUAGACGGCAGUGUUGCUGGAGGACUUGUGUGUUUUCAUUCAGGGCGGCGUGGGAGGGUGUGGUUUUGUUUUCUUUGCAGUUUAUAUUCGUCGAUUUGUUUAUUUGUACGAAAUGUAACUGACACACAAUGUACAGUCCUUCUCCCCCCCCAAUGCUGCAGGGUUUUACAUUUGAUCCACGUUCAAAUGUGUGAAGCUGUGUGACUCAGCCAAAUUUCUUACCUUUGCCUUUCUUACAUUACUUAUGCCGAUGUUUGUAUUCGAAUUCUAUGCGAGAAAAAAGUGCUAAACUCAAGUAUUUUUAAAACGCGAAAAGCGACAGGCGAACAUUUCAGGUAUACAGUAUUAGAAGAUUUUUAUGAGAAAUUACAGUUAGAAUGUUGUCAUACAUACCCCCUAACACCCCCAUCCCAAUCGCAUGAGCCUUUGAAAAGAUCUAUCUGCUUUCUGACUGAGGCAAACUAAUCCUGUGUUAUUAAUGAGUGAUUUUAUAAACUGAUGAUGGAGAUUGUCAAGCAAUUAAAAAGUUGGUUGAUC